CUGAGCAUGACUUCAACAAUUGAAACACGGAAUCAAUCAUGGAAAUAACCAAUUAAGCUCAGAAAUGAAAUGCAUAGCUGCAAUAUGUAACUUUUUGGUUUUAGCAACCAGGAAAUGGUGGUGUGAUUUUGUAUAUUGCACCUUUAAUGUUGAUAAUAAAAUCCCCAAGAGCUUGAUGCCCGUGAGAUGGACCGCCCUCAAUAUCUGCGGUUAUCAAUUCAAUGCGUUGGUGCGGGCUGGACGCAGUGCCUGACACAUUUAUACUGGAACAUGUGAAGGUGGGAAGAUUUGGAAAGUAGUUAGAGCAUCCAACAAAUUCUGAAGAACCAUGUGGAGGAUCCUAGCACUAUGGCUUCCGGUGCUACUCCUGGGAGUUGAGGUGUGCCACUGUGAAGAUGUGCUGGAAUCAGAAGAGGUGCCUAUCAACCCUGUGUCAACCACAGUGACCCGCAGCCAGAUCCUCUCAGCUCAGUUUGAGUGCUACCUAAAGAUUCUCCAUGACCCACCACACAAUGAAGAUGGCACAUUCUGUAACCGCACAUGGGACGGAUGGCUAUGUUGGAGUGACUCUGCCCCUGGCACAGCCAUGCAGCUCUGCCCUGAUUACUUCCAGGACUUUGACCCCUCAGAGAAAGCGACCAAAGUGUGCAACUUGGAUGGACAGUGGUUUCGUCACCCUGAGAGCAACCGUAUUUGGUCCAAUUACACCCAGUGUCAGAUGUACACCAAGGAUAAACUGAUGUUUGCUUUCAGCUUGUACUACUUGGCCAUUGUGGGACAUGGAUUGUCUGUGGUAUCCCUCAUCAUCUCACUCUGCAUCUUCUCCUACUUCAAGAGUCUGAGCUGCCAGAGGAUCUCCCUCCAUAAGAACAUGUUCCUGUCCUUUAUCUUCAACUCCAUCUGCACCGUCAUCUGGAUCUCUGCUGUAGCCAAAAACCAGCAGCUGGGGGCCAGCUACCCUAUUGGAUGCAAGAUCCUGACAGUCCUGAACCAGUAUAUAUUUGGCUCCAACUACUUCUGGAUGCUGUGUGAGGGGAUCUACUUGCACACUCUCAUCGUCGUUUCUGUGUUUGUGGGAGAGCAGCAGCUGGGCUGGUAUUAUGUCCUUGGUUGGGGCUUCCCCAUCAUUCCUGCCAUUACACAUGCUGUGGCCCGCGGGGUCUUCUAUGAUGACAGAUGCUGGAUCAGUUCCGACACACACCUGCUCUACAUCAUCCAUGGUCCUUUCCAAGCUGCCCUGCUGGUGAACCUGUUCUUCCUACUCAACAUAGUGCGUGUGCUGAUCACCAAGCUGCAGGUGACCCACAGUGCGCAGUCCAAUGCCUAUAUGAAGGCUGUGCGAGCCACUCUAAUCCUGAUACCUCUGCUGGGAGCCCAGUUCAUCCUGGUUCCUUGGAGGCCAGAGGGACAUAAGGCCAGGGCCAUCUAUGAGUUCACCAUGAACAUCUUCACACAUUUCCAGGGACUCCUGGUCGCAAUUAUAUUCUGCUUUUGCAAUGCAGAGGUGCAGGCAUGUCUUAGAAGGAAAUGGGCCCAGACCAAGCUGGUGUGGAAAUGGACAGAUUCCUACUCCCACUACAACACCAACUCCUCUGUGACCGAGACGAGUCGCGCUACAGUCAGCCUGGAGCUCACUGCUUCUGAGGAGGACACCAUCAUUAAGCCAGGUGGCAGUGUGCACUACCGAGCCAAUGGACAGAGCAACGGCAAGCGCUGCACCAAUAGGGAGAUGGACACGCCCAGGAUCCUGGAGACCACUGACAUCUGAGAGCAUUGCAUUGUCCCUACCCAUAGGUGUCAUCACAUUAUGCUGGUCACAAACAGGCUCACUUAGCUCACAGCAUGGCCACAGAUAAUUGGUCAGAGCAGAAAAAGAGGAUCACACACACACACACACACACACACACACACACACACACUGUAAGAAUAUAUGCACAAAUGUGUACAAGAUACACAUGCAAGCACAAACACACAACACAGACAAAGACACACACAUUUGAUAAUGAAUGAUCCGUUUACAGGGUCCAGUUGAAACCUUGCAGACAAGUAUUUGCCCCAAAUGUAUAUACAUUUCACUGUGGCUUCUCAAUGUUGCUCAUGUUGGCCUUAUGGAACAAAUCCAGUGAUACAAGGACCCAAUGAAGAUGGCUAUCUCUGGUAAUGUUUGAUCUUGGCCUUCAAUGCGAAUUAGUGUCUGAUAUAAUAAUUUUCUGUAGGCCUAUUGUACCAUUUGUACAGUAUAUAAGCACUCUUAUAUUUGAUGAGUUUAUUAAACUCUGACACUCCUUUUAUAUUGUUAAAAUUAGGAUCUGUCUUUUUGAUGUCACUUUAAUGAUGUGGAACUUAUUAUUUAAUUGUGUUGCAUAAGCUUGCCUUUUUAGAACCAUGAAAUUACUUGGCAUAGUUUUGACUGCUGAAUGUUGAGUUCUCAGAGGCAAGGAAGAUGACUGACAGUGAAUAAGGCAUACAACACAAUGAGGAAUAGUGUGUCUGUGUGCUUUGACCCUCAAAUGGGAGAACCUAUGAUUCAGUGAUGUGCCCUAUGUCUGACAACACCCAAAAGUCACUUUUUUUUAUCCAGUGUUAUUUUCUUACGGUUUUACAAGUCUUGUUUAUUGAGUUGCUUUUCACCAUAUGAAAAAUCUAAGGAUACAUGUAUUAUAGCACUGAGCUGCAGUUUAACUAUUUAUACAUGCAUACAUAUGUGUGUAGUGGGGAGGUUUUGAAAUGCUGCAGUGAAAAACAUUCCACUUUGACUUCAGAAUAAAUGCCUAACUGAAUACACUACUUUAUAAACCUAUUUAAUUGUGUAACAAUGGUAUUAAAAUAAACUUUUAUAAUUGA